AUGGCUCCGGUCGGUGGUUACCUUGGUCAAGUUUACUCUGUUCCCAGUCCCAAUGCGUAAGUUUGUUAUCAAGACACUUUGUCCUUGCUCUUAGACAAUCCGAUCUAUCUAGGACUAUCGCCGUGUUGAGCCAUCUAAGCAAAUGCGUAAAGGACGGAAAGUGGAAUAAUGCGAGGUGCGUUUACUGCAUGCGUGUCGAGGCUUAGGGAACUCAUUGACCUUGCUAAUAAUGUCGGGAGGGCUUUACUCUCCCGUUCGUCGGAAGAAACGGUCGUGCACAAUACGGUGUUGAGAUUUCUCAAGUUAAUCCGGGAAGAAUCAGUAAAGUAAACGCAUUCUAAGUCUAAUUUACAGAUAGACUUCAUCCUGGGAGAACGAACGAACGGGACGAACUGCAAUUGGUUCUUCAUUUACGUUUGCUAAUUAUUUAUAUAGAAUCUUUUAUCAGAUUUAAGCUCUUUCGAUUGGUCCAAAAUUGAAAGGAAGGAUCUCAGCGAGCCCCUGACCACCGCACUGGAUGACCUCAAAUUAGAAAUUAACUCUUACAUGGACUAUAUCGCAGGACUCUCUCUAAACUUUAUUCACUCUGAUGAGUUGAUAUUAACUGUUGGAAAGUCGAACACGGUCUACAACUUUUUGAAGGUUCACCAAUUUUCCAUAUUAUUAAGUUUGGCAACCUAGUAUGCUGCUAAGAAAAAUCGUCAGUUUCGCGUGAUAGUUUGCGAGGGGUUUCCAGAUAAUCAGGUUUUUGCUUUUGCCUUAUCGAACUUCUUAGGGUCACCGGAUGGCUGAAGACUUGUCAGCGGACGGGAUCUCGGUCAUCUUGGUACCAGACAGUCACGUCUUUGGAUUGAUGGCGCGUGUGAAUAAGGUACGUCAGACCUUUCUUAACACUCUCAGGUUAUCUUAGGUUGCAGUGCCGUAUACCCCGAUGGGUCCUUGAAAGCUCAGAGUGGAACAUUCAGCGCUAUGCUGGCAGCUAAGCACUUUUCGAUCCCGGUAUGCCUUUUUACACACACACACACAGGUGUAUUUGUGUACAUUUUGCUACUAUUUCUCCACCUUUAUAUGGACUUUUUUCUGCCGAAGGCCAUUUGCAAUUGUCUCGGAGCGUCAGGAUUAUUGUGGGUUUCAAUUUCCUCUGGUUUGUCACGUCUACUUGCCGUUGAUUUCCGCAUAUGCGGCCCGCACGGGCUUUACUGUUUACAUCUGUUAGACUAUAUUAAUUAACCAUCCACAAUGAUGUUCCGGACGAGAUUUUCCGUGCGUGAUGAUCUCUAGACCGUGUUGAGCCGCUUUGCGAGAUAGUCCCAUCUGCGUCUCAGUGAUAACGUCAGAUUUCGAACAUUUGUCCUCAGCCCACGAAUACGAUGCAGUGAGGUAGUCGCGACUCUUCCACUUCACGUACGAACCGUCUUGCUAAAAGUGAAAUAUGUACUUUCCACCUGGAGGCUAAUUACUGCAAUAUUUGCUAGUCUUCGACGCACAGCUAAUUGUUUGCAACCGUAGCGACUGAUGAAAGCUGACUUUGGUGAGUGAUUUACCGUGGCCGCACUUUCAAAGGUCAGCAAACAGUUUUUUAGAGACCUCCAAACCGCCCUUUGUUCUUCUGUCAGUAGCUUGCAAUUUGGUAGUAUUUGGGGUAUGUUUACCAUCUUUCGCCAGCCAUAUCUUAACUGCAGUCAAGGAAGGACCGAUAUUUAAGUCCGGGUCGAGUUAUUCAUCUUUCCUUCCGAACAAACGCUUCUCUACUGUAUCCCAGCUUGCGCCCCGUCGUUUUCGACCGGUAGCACACAAAGCCACGCGGAGAUGCUGUUUUACUGAUCCUACUUCAGACCAAAAGUUGUCCCCCUAGAGUUGGCGACCGGUUAUUAUAACGGGUCUCAUGUGUUAACGAACUGCUUAUUCCAGCCAUUGUUCCACGACUUAGGAUAGGUACAGUUAAGAACAGCGCCGCAGAAUGAAUGAAGCGGGCUACCAUGGCAAAAUUCGAGGACACAUCUAAAUGUCGACUUUUGUUCAUCUGGAAGGGUUUGUCUACUACAGAUCCACACCGCCUAAUUACGCCGCUGACUAUUCUCGAGUGAGCUCUACUUAUUAUUGGCCACAGUCGUUCCUGAUAUAAAUAAGUAGGUCGACGCAUCCACAUUUUACCCCUAAUUUACUUUGGUUCGCUCUCGCUCUUAAACCAAAAAAUCUUAGUCAUCGGAAGAUGACGAUAUCGUAGCCCUUUGGAUUUAUUUCUUCAUGUCCGGUCGUAUGCCACGUUUAGAGAUAGGUAAAACGAUGGUCUGCCUUAAGUCAGCAACUACGCCGCCACUUCGCCGUACUCAUCUAGUCAUAUCAUGAAAGUUGAAUACCAGCCCGAUCGCGAAGAACUUUUAGACUUCCUCAUAGAUAUCAUCGUGACGUACUUUGCUACUGCGCGACCUCGGUAUUGGUUCGAUUAUUUCUACCAAUAAGAGGAAGAGUCACCUGACACUUCGUAGGUGACUAACGGAAGUUAUUUGUUUUCUAUAAGAGGUAAGUUAUGACCAGUUGACUAUCCGAGUUGACGAGCGUGAACUCCUUUCGUCAACUCUGCUUUGGCUGAGUUGCCAGUCACGUCGGAAUUGGAGUGAGGGUAAAAGACCCACCUCUGACUUGGCCAACAUGUUGGAUAAGUCCAAAAGUGACCAUGUCUAACGUCCGCACAACGACCGCCCGUCGAAAUCCCACAUAGUUGUGGGAGAAUUCCAAAAUUUCUUUUCCGACAAGGUUAGCCUAUAUGGCAGCCGUCCUGCGCGGGUAGUUACAAAAUUAUAAAAGAACAAAAGUAGAGAUCGAGUUUUUAUCACUGUCAGCGACGCACAGUUAUCAGUUGGUGAGCUUGCAUCCGAUCACUUUUGGUUACCUUCCCGUUUAUAGACCUAUGUGUGCCUUCCUCCAUACAAAAUCUCCCCCAUCAAUUUCAAUCUGGUCUCAAUCUCCUCCUCAAACGCGCAACUGACAAACUGCCUGGCGAAGUGUACGCCGGCAGCCCUGACCACGUCCUUGGCCACUUCUGAUCUCUCUGUGGACUGGCUAGAUGCACCAUCGCGUCUUCUGCCGAGAGACCUCAUAGAGAGGACUGACAGAGCCAACGAGACACAGUCCAAACUGCCGACACCUAUUGUUUGGGUGCCGAAGUGGGACUUUAUCCCACCUGGCCUGACAAGCCUUUUUCUCACCACUGCUGGUGGCCAAGCGCCCUCCUACCUUUAUGCAAUGGUACGAGAACUGUUCCACCCCGAGGACAUCACCGAAUCGAUGAACUGGGUUCAAAGUUGA